AUGUCGAACGCGGGAGAUCCGCAGGUGGCAGGCAAUGUCGCGGAGGGGAAACUGGACAUAGAAUUAGGUCCUGGCAUACCAAGUGGUUAUGUGGAUCUAGACUAUGGAACUUGCGGCUUUCGUGGCGUGGUAGAUACUCCGCCUAACCACCUUGACCAUGUUGUAUAUCGUUGUGGCGCCCUUCUGGCUGCUUUACCGUUCCUGCGCAACCCAAAGCAACUAUAUCAUGUAACUAAAGUCGAGGAAGGAUCUCAAUGUGUAAGGAGUAACGAACAUAAUCAGCCUCCCUUGGCGGCCGGUGCCAUCAUCACCGCCAGCCAUAACGAAGCAUCGGAGAAUGGGAUCAAGCUAUUGGAAGGCAACGGUUAUAUGAUAGAUUCUAGUUGGGAGGCAACAUUCACCGAAUUGGUCAAUUUCCAUGGUGAUUGGUCUAAUCUCGUUUUCGGGCUAAUGCAAACUCAUCGUUUGGGCCCUGUUCGUCGCAACUGCGUAGAAUACAGGAUACUCAUCGGGCACGACACGAGGGCGUCGAGUCCUCAUUUAUCUACACUCUUCAAAGCAGGCGUUGAGGCCAUGGCAGCAGCACUUAUGUUAGAACGGACUACAUGCGUGGAGCUGGGAGUAGUGACAUCACCCACAGUCAGCUUUCUUCUAAAAAAUGGGAUCCUUUUUUCUGUGAAUGAUCGCGAAUACGUCGAAGCACUCAAGGACGCGUUCAAUGACACUUUAGAUACUCUCGUAGCUCUUGGUCAUGUCAAAGGAUCUUUGAAAACCGAUCGCCACAGGUCGCUGUUCUACGACUGCUCCUAUGGUGUUGGUGGUUGUGUCGUCUACAAAUUUUUUGACUGUCUCAGGAAAAUAGCCGUCCUCCCACACCUUUGUAACAGUCCUGCAUGGUCGUCCGGGAGUAGUCAGCAGAUGCUCAACAAUGGUUGUGGUACGCAUUACGUCUUCAGCACGAUGAAGCCUCCGGCUUCAGUUGAGCGGCACAUCACAAUAUAUGAAGGACAAUGGUUUUGUUCGUUAGACGGAGACGCAGAUAGACUCAUCUACUUCAAGCCGCACAAACGGUCGAUACGCCUAAUAGAUGGUGUCAGACUGCUGGUAGUCAAGAUGAAAUUUUUACGAUUUGCUUUGAAGGGAUGGAAUAACUGCAAGGAGGAGUGUAUUACUGUAGGAGUGCUCUUGAACCAUUAUACCAAUGGCGGUGCUAUCAAUUACAUCAAAGGAUUAAUUUCGGAGUGGAAUACGUUGGAUAGCAGAGUGAAGUGGGCCAUUGAGUUCUGCAGAGUAGGCGUGAAGAAUAUGCAGGCUAAGGCCCAAGGGUAUCAUAUAUCCAUAUUCUAUGAAGCUAACGGCCAUGGCAACAUUCUGUUCAACAUAGUACCACCGCUCUAUGAUACUGGUAAAAAGUGCGGGUAUGACCAGCUACUUGCAAACGUAGCGCGGAUCUUCAACAAUCCAACCGGUGAUUCUAUUGCUAAUUCGUUAUUUAUAGAGCUCGCCCUUCACACUUUGAAACUGUCGCACAACGAUGUGCUUGAGUUUUACAAGGAGUUACCUUAUAUUAACGCAACAGCACGUAUCCCACCGGCAAAACGCCGCAUGUUCCGCACAAACCCGGACAAUGACACGGUUUUAGACGAACCUUAUGAGCUUAACCGUCUUUUGGAGCUUUCAGUCGCCAAGUUUGAAGGUUCACGCGCAUUUAUAAGGCCAUCUGGAACCGAGGCCGUGUGCCGCAUAUAUGCCGAGGCUUCUACGGAGGAUCACGCCAGGAUGCUAGCUAUGGAUAUCACCAACCAUGUAAAGUUGUUUCUGUGA